CAGGAUAUUCUAGAUAUUGUACAAAAAGAAAACAAUUCUUUCAUUGCUUUUGGGAGUUUCAGGAAGAAGGUUACAAGCAAGUGAGCAUUUUACCUUGAAGGAUGAGGUUUAUUUAUGUGGCGCUAAUACUUCUAUUCAGCUUUACAACAUUAAGAUCAGAGAUUUUUAAGGUGGUUGGCCCAUCUCUUCCUCUGACUGCUGUAGUUGGUGAAGACCUCAUUCUGCCCUGCUCCCUCCAACCCAACAUCAGUGCAGUGGGUAUGACAGUGGAGUGGCUCAGACUAGAUCAGGCAGAUUCAACAGUGCAUCUCUACACAGAUCAUGAAGACAUAAGCAAAGAGCAGGCUGUGUCAUACAAGGGGAGGACAGCUCUGUUCAAAGAGGAGCUAUUGAAAGGAAACACUUCCCUCAAACUCUCAGACAUCCAAAUUUAUGAUGAGGGAACUUAUAAGUGCUUAGUUAAAUCUGAGAACUGGUUUGAUGAUGUAACUCUUGACAUUCUAGCUGAAGCUACAGGUAGCGAUCCAGUGAUCACUGUGGAGGAGCUUGAGGUUUCAGGAGGAAUUGGUUUAGUGUGUGAAUCUAAAGGCUGGAAUCCUGAACCAGAAGUUGAGUGGUUGGACAGUGAAGGAGCUACUUUGAAUGCUGAAGUUACACAGACACACAGAGACUCUGGGGGCUUCAGUGUGAAACACCGUGUCACUGUUUACAACAGUCACUCCAACAGGUUCUACUGUAGAGUCAAACAGAGACAUUAUAUGAAGGGGACAGAGGUCAUAAUCUCUGAUAAAAACUUUAGAAGGUGGCAGACCAGUGUCAUCUUCAAUUUCCUGUUUGCAUCAAUUAUACUCAUUGGGAUGACUGGAGCAGUUUCACUUGUCUAUUAUAAGAGAAGAGGGAGAAAAAGAAAAAUCCAUACAGAGAUAGAAAGGAACAGAGCAUAUACAGUGGAUGUGACUAUGGACAUUGAGACAGCUCAUCCUUAUCUCAAUCUGUCUGAUGGUGGCAAGCAGGUGAUCUAUGGAAAGAAGCGUGAGGACUAUUGUGAUGGAGAAUGUAGCUUUGAUGACUUUGUUUUUGUCCUCGGAAAUGAGGGGUUUGAAAAGGCAUUUUACUUUGAGGUGCAGGUCAGAGGGAAGACUCACUGGACUUUAGGAGUGGCCAAAAAGACAGUUAGGAAAAAGGGGGAGAUUAUACUGAAACCUGAGUUUGGAUUCUGGACUGUGAGCAAGAAGAAUAAUGUAUACUCCCCAAGAGCCAGUAUCUUUCUGAGACAUAAGCCCAAGAAGGUGGGAGUGUUUGUGCGUUACGAUGAAGGUGUGGUGUCUUUUUAUGAUGUGGAUGCCAAGUCUAAAAUUUAUUCCUACACUGAUCAAUCUUUCUCUGAGAAACUCUAUCCAAUAUUUAGCCCUGAUUUCAAACGUGGGGGUAAAAAUGCAGCUCCUUUAAUCAUUACACCUGUACACAACACUCAUCCCCACCAAACUGAUACUGCAGGACUCUAAUGCUAGUAAGAAAAAAAAAAUCAUUAUGUUGCAUCAGUUUACUGCAUUGUUGUCUGAGUGGACUACUUGACAGGUUAUUCUGUUCAAUAGUUUAUCUGCACACAGUCACUGCAGCUGGUUGACCAAAUCACUGUUGUUGUUGAUGUUUGAGCAUUGAUGGUUAUAGUUCCAUCGUAAUUUGUUUGUUUUUCAGGUAUGCGCUUUUACACUUUGUGCUGUGAUUUGUAAAUAUUUUUCAUGUAUUCUCUGCCCCCCCCCAACCCCACCUUCUACCUGUGUAACUCCUGUCUCUGUCUUAUCCGUAGACAUUGUUUUAAAAGUCUUCAUGUAAUGUACAGUACACAGAAUGAAUAAAACACCCAUGAAACAAA